CCGGAAAUCAUAACAUCGGAUUUUCAGGAUGUAAAUAAUUACUUUGGGUUAAUAAAAUGCAAGGUCUUACCACCAAGAGGACUGUACUUACCUGUUCUGCCGUACAGAUCUAAUCAGAAACUGAUGUUCCCGCUAUGUAGAAAGUGCACUGACAAUUUGGCUCAAACAGUCUGCCAGCACACAGAUGAAGAACGUUCAUUAAUUGGAACCUGGGUAUCCGAGGAGGUUAAACUUGCCAUUAAAAAGGGAUAUAGAAUCGUUAAGAUAUACGAAGUCUAUAACUUCAAGGAGAAAUCCAACCGUCUCUUCCGUUCAUAUAUCGAUCUCUUCCUAAAGAUCAAACAAGAGAGUAGUGGCUGGCCAGCAAAUUGUGUGAGUCCAGAAGAUAAACUACAAUACAUUCAAGAUUAUAAAAACAGAGAAGGAAUAGAUGUGGACCCAACAAGAAUUGAAAAAAAUCCUGGUCGACGGGCAGUAUCCAAAGCAUUUCUUAACAAUUUUUGGGGAAGAUGGGCAAUGAACCUCUUCAAACCCCUUUUAACAUACGUAAACGACCUACGUAAACGAUACCUAAUAAGAUGCUGGCUGAUUCUACGAAAAAGAUAUCUUUUUUGCGUGUAUUUAAGUAAAAUAUAUGUUUAA